CUGUGUUAACCUAACCUCACUUUAAUUUACGUCAAUUUUCGUAAACAUUUAGGCUGUUUACAUUUUUAGCUUUUUUUCUUAAUUAAAACUUAAGCGGCAUUAUGGGAGACAUGUUAAAAGAACGUAGGGAAAAGUCACGCAAAAGAAAACUUUUACUGGCCCAAACUUUAGGGGUCUCCGGUGCAGAAGAACUGAGACAGAUCUUGGGCACGGGCGAAGCCUCGUCAAAAAAACCUGUCGAUAAGCCGAGCACUAGCAGCCACAACUUGGAAUAUGAGCAGUACGAUUACAAUAAAGAUGCCUUGGACGAGAUGGUUUAUAGGGACUCCUCGACAUUUCUAAAGGGGACUCAGUCUUCAAAUCCACACAACGACUAUUGUCAGCACUUUGUGGAUACAGGACAGAGACCACAAAAUUUCAUUAGGGAUGUCGGACUAGCAGAUAGAUUCGAAGAAUACCCCAAACUGCGUGAACUGAUUAGAUUAAAAGAUGACUUGAUAGCCACCACCGCCACCCCACCGAUGUACCUUAAAUGUGACCUCACUAAUUACGACCUGAAGAACUUAAACUCAAAAUUCGAUGUGAUACUUAUCGAGCCUCCCUUGGAGGAGUAUCAGAAGACCCUGGGCGCCACCAAUAUGGAGUUUUGGUCCUGGGACCGAAUAAUGAACUUGGACGUUGGGGAAAUUGCUGCCCAGAGGAGUUUUGUGUUUUUGUGGUGCGGAAGUUCCGACGGGCUGGACAUGGGACGAGUGUGCCUAAGGAAAUGGGGGUUCAGGAGGUGCGAAGAUAUUUGCUGGAUAAAGACGAACAUUAAGAAUCCUGGACAUUCGAAGAAUUUGGAUCCUAGGGCAGUGUUUCAGAGGACCAAGGAACAUUGUCUGAUGGGCAUUAAAGGUACCGUGAGGAGGUCAACCGAUGGGGAUUUCAUUCAUGCCAAUGUGGACAUCGACCUGAUUAUAUCCGAAGAACCCGAGUACGGCAGCUUAGACAAACCGGUGGAGAUUUUCCAUAUAAGUGAACACUUUUGUCUCGGUCGAAGACGUCUUCAUAUAUUCGGCAAAGAUUCGACCAUUCGCCCCGGCUGGUUAACGAUCGGACCCGAACUGACGAAUUCCAACUUCGUGGCCGACAUUUACGCGAAUUAUUUCGCAAACGAGCAAAUCACCACCGGGUGCACCGAGAGAAUCGAGGCCUUGAGACCGAAAAGUCCCCCGCCCAAGGGAAAGGGCAACGCGGGCGGCAGGGGGCGCGGCAGCUUCCAAAGGGGACGCGGACGCGGUAGAUAAGCGUUCUUUUUUUUGUUUUAACUAAGAAAUAAAGCCUUUUUGUAUGAAAA